AUGAUCAUUACAACAUGGAUUGUGUACAUUUUUUCCCGGAAAGGUGUAGGGUUCCCCUUCCCACCAAAAAUCAGUUCGGAUGUUGAAGUUGUGGAAAGCGAGGCUGUGUCUGUAGUACAGCACUGGUUGAAAAAAACUGAAGAAGAGGCUUCCCAGGACAUAAAGGAGAAGAUGUCCACCAACGGCCCUCCCACCCAUGGCCAAGAUGUACAUGUGACCAGAGAUGUGGUCAAGCACCAUCUCUCAAAGUCUAAUUUGUUAGCAAACCAGAGUCAAGAGGUCCUGGAGGAAAGAACAAGAAUCCAGUUCAUAAGAUGGAGCCAUACCCGUAUCUUCCAAGUGCCAAGUGAGGUGAGAGACGAUGUUCUGCGAGAGCGAAUAGAGCAGGUGAGACAAAGCAUAAGCCGUCUUACGGACGAAGCAUCUCAGGAGCUUCGCAACAGAACUUCCUACUCUGACUGCUAA